UUACACCACUGAAAGGUUUGAACGCUACAUGAAUGAAUUGAAUAAAAUUGAUCUGUGAGUGCAACCUUACUUGUUCAAUGUUGGGUAUGAACGGUGGUCUAGAGUAUUCUGUAGAGUCAAAAGUACAAUUUUCAUGACCUCCAAUAUAGCUGAGUCAAUGAAUUCAACAAACAAAUUUGCCUGAGAGCUUCCAGUAAGACGCUUGCUGGAGUUUUUGACAAAGUUGAUGACACAAUGGAGCUACGAGAAUAGAAAAUGUGUAACGAAGUCUACAGAGCUUGGAAAAAUGUACAACAAGAAGUUGAACAAAAAUAUGAUUGCAUCACAGAACAUGAUGUGGUUGAAGGCAAAAAGAUAAACAUAGUGUACCUCGGAGAGGGAACAUGCAGUUGUAAGAGAUUUCAAAUGAACGAAUUGACAUGCUCGCACGCUUGGGCAGUUAUAAAGCACAAUGGAAUGGACCCAAUCCAAUUCUGCUCUUUCUACUACAAGAAGGAUUAUCUCAUGAAAACAUGGAAAAUUCUUGUGAAUCCUAUUCCAGAUGAGACUACAUGGGUUGUCCCUAUAGAGGUCACGGAGAAUGUGGUCUUACCACAAGAAGGGAAGAAAAGUGUUGGAAGACCAAAAAUGAAGAGAUACAAACCGGCUUCGGAGACGGAUAAUAAUAAUAAUAAUAAUAAUAAUAAUAAGAGGGCUAAGCUUUCAUGUGGGCGGGGUGGACAAGCUUGUCACAAUAGGAAAACAUGAAAAAAUAUACCAAAGAACUUAGUUUGAAACACUAGACUUUAUGUUUACGUUUCUUGUCGUUGGAACCAUGUUGAGUACUUAAAUUUCAUAGAAACAGUUGAGUUGUGCUUUUGAAGCCCGAAUAAGCAUUUCAAGUUAGACCAUGCCACAACGUUGAAAAUAUAUUUCACUUUAGCUGCUUAUUUUCUUGUUAAUUCCUUAAAUC